AUGUGGGAAAUAUUUUUCUCGGAAGAGAACUCUCAAGAUACACAUUCUCGUACACAGUGGAGUCAUCUCAAGACACACAUUCUUGGACACAGUGGUAUAAAGGAGUUUGAAUGUGAGGAAUGUGGGAAACAUUUUUCUCAGAAGAGUACUCUCAAGACACAUAUUCUUGGACACCGUGGUUUAAAAGAGUUUGAAUGUGAGGAAUGUGGAAAAUGUUUCUCCCAGAAGAGUACUCUCAAGACACACAUUGUUGGACACAGUGGUAUAAAAGAGUUUAAGUGUGAGGAAUGUGGAAAAUGUUUCUCCCAGAAGAGUAAUCUCAAGACACACAUUCUUGGCCACAGUGCUCUAAAAGAGUUUGAUUGUAAAGAAUGUGGGAAAUGUUUCUCCCUGAAGAGUAAUCUCAAGACACACAUCCUUGGACACAGUGGUAUAAAGGAGUUUGAAUGUGAGGAAUGUGGAAAAUGUUUCUCCCAUAAGAGUGUUCUCAAGAGACACAUUCUUGGCCACAGUGGUAAAAAGGAGUUUAAAUGUGAAGAAUGUGGGAAAUGUUUCUCCCGGAAGAGUACUCUCAAGGACCACAUUCUUGGACACAGUGGUAUAAAAGAGUUUGAAUGUGUGGAAUGUGGAAAAUAUUUCUCCCAGAAGAGUAAUCUUAAAACACACAUUCUUGCACACAGUGGUGUAAAGGAGUUUGAAUGUGAGGAAUGUGGAAAAUGUUUCUCCCGGAAGAGUACUCUCAAGACACACAUUCUUGUACACAGUGGUAUAAAGGAGUUUGAAUGUGAGGAAUGUGGGAAAUGUUUCUCCCAGAAGGGUCAUCUCAAAUGUCAUAAACUUGUGCAUGAAAAAACACAGAAUUCAAUAAAUGUUUGAAUGACUUUAAGAGAAGGUAAAUGUGACACAUAAACUUGAAUACAGUAAUGAACAUCAAUAUAAAAUAGCUUGAACAAACUCUAUGAAUGUAGCAGAAAUAAAGAGGAGUGUCAAAUGCCACUUUUAUAGAUAUUAAAUACAAGUUAUAAUUAUCUGCUGUUAUGAGGUAAAUUUCUUCUACCAUGGCCUUAGUGUAGACAUUUGGUGUUGGUUAAAUAUCCCUCAUAAUAAUACUCCAUUUUGUUUCAUCAGCCAUUUUAAUAAAGUUAUUUACAGUAUAGUAGUAAGCAAAAGUUAAACUUAUUGUCUAUGUACUUAAAAUUUAAUCUUCACUGGAUAAGAUCUGUUGAACAUUGAUGAACUCUCAUUUACUAUAAUUUGUGCAUCAAUAGUUGUGUCUAGUGUGUACGUCUGUCUUUAUUUACACGUCAUGUAAGUUUUAUACACAAGUACGUACAUUAACACAGGUAGUAAAUCAUCUUGGUAAAGUAGGACAGUGGUGGUAGACUAUUGUUAUAAUGAAGGUGUUGUCAUUAUCUCACAGAAACUCUUCAAUCUCUGUUGAAAUUGUACGUAAAUAUUUGAUAAGUUUUGCUCAACUCUGACUAGAUAUUUUGAUAUUUUAUCUUGACUAAAAUGGUUGGUAGUUUUGA